CUCAAGUAGAGGUAUCAGGAGAAGUUCCCACACAAGUUGAUUCCACUCAAGUAGAGGUAUCAGGAGAAGUUCCCACACAAGUUGAUUCCACUCAAGUAGAGGUAUCAGGAGAAGUUCCCACACAAGUUGAUUCCACUCAAGUAGAGGUAUCAGGAGAAGUUCCCACACAAGUUGAUUCCACUCAAGUAGAGGUAUCAGGAGAAGUUCCCACACAAGUUGAUUCCACUCAAGUAGAGGUAUCAGGAGAAGUUCCCACACAAGUUGAUUCCACUCAAGUAGAAGUAUCAGGAGAAGUUCCCACACAAGUUGAUUCCACUCAAGUAGAAGUUUCAGGAGAAGUUGCAACUCAUGUUGAUUCCACUCAAGUAGAUGCCACAAAUCAAGCUCCAAAUCAAACUGAUCCUACCCCACUUACAUAUGUCCCAUGUCAAAAGUUUUACGAUAUUGUUAGUAUAUUACCAGGGUUUGAAUUCGAUCCAGUUACCUUUAUUUAUAGGUACAGCGGUAGCAGAAUACAAUUUGUAUUUGAGACUAUUCAAAGCAUUCUGCUCUGGUAUUCAAAUGGUAAAAAGUCAAAUGUGUUCAAUUGCAAAAUCCAGAGACGGCAAUGUCCUGCCUAUAUAAGAUUUCUGAAUAAGAUUAGACCGGAAUUAGAAUGGCAUUAUAAUCAUAGUCACGAUUGUGUCACAAAUGAUUACUUUAAUAAACUGGAAGAAUCACUUAACAUACAGAAGUAUAUACUUCGUCAUUAUAAAAGUUUGCAAUGGGAUAACAUAAAGGAAGAUUAUUGUUCAAGAUUGGAGAAGAGUAAGGUGAAAUAUUUUGAUAGCUGUAAUACACUGAUCAACCUUAUCUACAAAAGUGUUUAUUAUAGACUUAAUCAAGAUUCUCAUUUGGAAAUAUUAAGGCAAUUUCAAAAUUCGCAAUCUGCGUUUUUAGAAACGAAAUACAAGGUAUUUUCAAAGGAAACUUCCUAUGGGCAUCAGAAUUGGUGUAUUGUUCUUUUCAAUUCACGUGCUGAAGACGGUGAUGUGUUACACGUUGCUUCAACUGACGGAUUAGCUAUAGAUAUUGUUCCCCAAUUGAAACAGAAGGAUUACGAUGGUACAAUUACAUUGACGAGCGUAAUAUCACGUUCAAGUGUUACUGGUUUAGAAUCUCCGAAUGUUUUGAUGGUGACAAACUUAAGAUCAGAUGAAGCAUUGGAUUACUUCUUUGAUACAUCUAAAGACUAUUUAUCCAAAGCAAGGGGAUUUGUCAUAGAUUGUGAUUUCCAUUUGUUUGAUUCUAUAAAAAAAUAUUACCCUAGUCAUGAAGUACGCUUAUGUCCACUCUCCAUCAAUGAAAUUCUUUGUAAAACAUGGUUAGUUAAUGGAAGUGUUCGACUGAUAUCAGAUAUUGAAUUCCUUUCUCGGUUUUUUCGCAGUUUAUCAAUUAUGGACAAAGAUCAAUUUGAGGAUGAAUGGCGUUCUAUAAAGAGUUUGUUCCUUCCUUCAAGAAAAUGGCAGAAAACUCUAGAUGCAUGGUAUGGAAUGAAGCAUCAUUGGCAACUGUCAUAUAUAAAGCUACCACUUGAAUCUAAUGAUGUUGUCAAACAUUUUCAUUCAGUCCUUAGAAAGAAUUAUAUUGGUCAGUUCGAAUGGAAAUAUUUUGAAAACCUUCUUGAAGCUCUUUCUGAGUAUCUGGAUUAUAUAAAUGGAAUUGAAUCUAAGGUUGUAAGUGAUAUAGAACCUCGGUUUUUUUCCACAGUUGAAUACUAUAUAUGGAAACAAUUGACAUUGCUUUUUGAAAGUUCUGAAGAAAGACUUUCACAAGAUGACCAUUCUCAAUCCCAUAGCAUUAUAUUACAUGGAGAUGAUCCAUCGAUUAUAGUUAAGAAAACUGGAAAGUAUCAAUAUCAAUGUCCCUGUAAGAGAGAAUACCCUUUCCAUUCUUGGUGUGAACAUAUUUUACGCAAGAUCAUUGAAUCUGAGCAUGAAAAUAGUGAAACUUAUAAUCUAGUAGCUGGUACACAUAUGCUUUAUUUUCACAACCAAUAUGUUCAUCAGUUAAUGGAUGUGAAAGAUUUACCAGAUUCACUAGCUAAAUUCCCAAUUAGAAAUGUUACAGCCGAUGAUGUAUCAAAUGAAUUUGCUCCACUUAAGCCUUUAGAUUACGAAGAUCAUAAUUUACUUGGUGUAGGCAGUGUAUUGGAUAUAGACGAUUUGGCUGAUGAACUUGCAACGGUUCGUACGACGUUGAAGAGGAAAAUUAGAGAAAAUACUUAUCCUCUAGAGAAGAGGGUUAAUCUUAUGAGUUUAUUAAGUGAUUUGAAUAAGCUUGUUAAUGAAGAUAUGUAG